AUGCUGGCAGCCCUCGACCGCUAUUUAAAAGAGCAUGACUACAAGUACUCUAUUAUACGAGACCGAGAGUUUCACCAGUCGAAGUUGGUACUCGAAGGAAAAGUGAAGUGUCUCCGUCAACAAGGAAAAGGCAAGAGACCCAACGCCGCGAACGCACUGACAGCCGAAGAAGAAAAAAUGCUAUGGAGUGAACAAAGUCUCGGCGACUGCAGUCCAAGAGUUCUUUCCCAGACGAUGUGGUGGAUCUUGACUCAACAUUUUGGCCUGAGGGGAAGACAGGAACACCAUUCAAUGGAAGUCGAGGACUUCAGUUUUUGUGUGGACGACAGCGGCACAGAGUACGUCACAUUUAAAGAAAAUCCUACAAAGACGAGGCAGGGAGGACUGAACACAAAACAUCGUAAUGUUCUGCCAAAAAUGUUCGCUACUGGUGGUCAGAGAUGUCCUGUUGAGUUACUGAAGCAAUACCUUGCCAUAAUCGAAAAUCCCAAAACAAAUGUUUGGUAUAAGAAGCAGCGGCUCGGCGUAAACAGCAUCGACAAUAUGAUGAAGAGCGUCGUCAAGAACACAGCUCUGGAAACAAGCAAGAAGAAAUUGCAAUCGCAAGUGAAAAGUCUCUUAACGACUACGAUGAAGGUAACGAGAAGGAACAUCGACAGCUUUCAAACAUUAUCAGCAAUGCUCCACAGUCAGCAGCCUCCAGCAGUUUUCCUGGUCUACCAAUGUGGUCUUCUCCUGCAACGACUUCAACGUGUGAACAGGUGA